UACCAGCUGUGUAAGUGGAGGUGGCCAGAAAUCCCCAAAUAUGUUCCACUGCAAUGCACAUCCUUCACAGAUGCAGUGAGGCUGUUCCAGCACCUUCCAAUUCCAGUAUGAAUUCUCCAUAUCCAAUAAACCCUGACCUGUUCUGUAUGUUUUUUCUCUACAAAGUGCCAUAAGAGGCAAGACUGUCCCCCAAAUAAAAAAUCUGUUGCUAAAAACAUAUCAUCCCCAGCACACAGGGGACAGCAGCAGCACAGAGUUAUUCCCGACGGGAAGAGGUGCUGGAGCACAUCCCUCCUGGGCAGGGGUGGUGGAGGGACGGCAGCAGCUUGGUCUUGCUCCAGUGGGUUGUCCAGUGAGUGAUUCCCGUUUCCCCUAAGGCUGCCUCUCAUUAGCAUGAAACAGGGGAAGGGCAUAAAAGACUCCAGUUCAUUUUGAGUCUGGAAAAAUACUUCAAAAUGACAACCCAAGUGUUCUGGCUCCUCUGCUUUGCCAUUAGAUCAUCCUCUGGAUCCCUGCCCUAUGCUGAGAAAGCUGGCCAGGCUCUCAGCAAAGAUGCUUUUAGUUCAGCAGCUGCUGCACCUGGGCAGGUGAAGCUGCCAGCCCGUGGCACCAGCAGUGCCAGUGGGAAUUCCAGGGAACACUGGAUCCUGCCUCCCACCCACCUGCAGCCGCCAAAGCCUCCUGAAAUCACCUCCCUGCCCUGGGACAAGAAGAAACGCACCAAACCUUCCCUGGAGAACAGCACAGGGCUGAGGAAACACCUCUGGCAGCCUCUGGAGAGCCCAGCUGAGGGGCCUUUUCCCAGCUCCCCCGACUCCAGCCAGGCCAACAGGAAGCACACGGACCGGCGCCGGGCCGGCGCUGCCAACAGCGUGUCCGCCCGCUCCCACCACGGCACAGCCUCCCAGCAACAGGGGACACCCACCCGGGGAGCUCGUCCUCCUCCAGACUCAGGGGAGUCAGGGGAUCCCAACACGCUGCACUUGAACCGCCCGGGCCAGAUAAUCCCCUACAAACACCCCGAUCCUGUCACGAGGAUCCCCAAACCCUCCUGGGUCACCAACCGCUGGUCCCUCGGCCCACCCAACCCCCUGGGAGUGCUGAGGAAAGUGUGUGUUCCCGUUCCAGAUGGUGACAAGGACAAGGAGUGUCUGGCCCAGUGCAGGGGAGAGCGGGAUGAAGUGGAGGCCUUUUGUGCCAGUGAAUUUGCAGUGAAUGGAAUUGUUUAUAACAUGGAAAGCCUGGGGAAGGGAGUCCACUGGAUUACCCUCCUGGUGAACAGUGAUGGAUUGUACAAGAUGAGUCGCCUGUACGUCGUUCCCGAUGCCGCCUUCUUCCGAGUCCACAUCCUACUUGUGGAUACUUUGAACUGCAGUAAACCCUGUCCAGACUUUAAACUUGGGAGCAGGUACAUCGUGAUGGGGCGGAUCUUCCACAAGCGCCGGGAGCUGCCGGCGGAGCUGCUGCCGGCCCUGCGCGGGCGGCUCCGGCCGGGCGACGGCUGGAUCGGGAGCAGCAGCAGCUAUGUGAGGAGGUUCAACAGGAAAAGGGAUCACAAGGUGCAGGCGGCGCGUUCCAAGUGUCCGUAAGGUCCGGUGGCUCCGUCCAGGACACGGGGAGCAGUGGGAGUCACCCCCCAGGGCACACCUGGCCAGGGCACCUCACGCCGGGCACCGGCUGCGAUCGGACACCGCUUUGUGCUUCAGCAAACACGGAAUGCCCUCACCAGGCACCUCGGGUGGGGUUUAGCACAGAAGUCAGGCUAGGGAAUGUUAACUGGUCAUGGAUUUGCUCCAGCUUUUUCAGAGCCACAGGUUAUUGUAGCCUCCCCUGCUGCAGUGCACCCCUAAUAAUCUGUAGUAAAUGUACAGUUCUGGAGGCUUCAUCCUCAGUGCUCAGCAAGUGCACUUUAGAACCUCUCACCCUGAACACGUUAGAUCUGUACACAGCUUUGUCUGCCCAGGAUGUCACACAGUUCUGCCUGAAGUAUCACAUGCAUUUGAUUCAAGAGAAACCAACAGCACUAAGUAUCACUUGUAUUGUUUUGGUCUCCUCAAAUGUGUCUUUUGUGCUACUUCUAAAAAUUACAUUCCUCAACCAGAGCUGGAUGUUCACAGGAAGCACACAGAAUGGAGGAUAACUAUUUGAGUGUAUGAACACACUGACUGAAAGCACAUCAAGAACUGCACAACACAAAUGCCCAAUUUGGC